AUGCGUCGCAGCGCGAUUCUUUCGGUGCUUGGCGAGCAAACCAACACGCCCAAAAAGCACGAUGAUGAGCUCGGAAGCAGGCAGCUCGCGAGUGGUGGCGGAUUUGGGCCUCUGCUCGGACAAAAACCGUUCAAGACGCCGUCUUCUGCGCGUCGCGAGCAGGCCGUUGCGGGUCUGCGAAAGCGCGCGCGCGUAAAUUAUGCAGGUCUCGGUACGGAGGGAGAGGAGAACGAUGCGCCGCAUGAGAUUCAAGGGCCGAAGCCAAAACGCGCGCUCGAAGGCGUAUACAAAAACAUUGACGCAUCUGGCGUCUCCCUGAACGUCGACCGGCGCAAGUGGACGGUGUACGAGGCCAAGCCCGACGCGUUGCAGCGCAGGUUUGCGAUUCCGUCCAUACGGAAUGACAAGGGUGAGACAGUUGCGACACAUAUGACCUACGCUGCACUCGGUGUGCGGCGCGCUGUGGAUAUUCCACCGCGCCCACUGCACGAUCCCAUGUCGGAGCAUGCAAUUGUCCUCUUUGACCCCACCGUUGACGACAUGGAUUUUGAACGCGAGCGCGAGCGACUUCGAAUUGCAGCAGCAGAAGAGCAUACACGGACGCUUCAGACAAACGGCCCACACAAAAGCCUCGCGGCCAUGCUGGGCCUUGACAAGCCGCGGGUCACGAUGGAGGAAAAGGUGCCGGUGGUCAUUGACCCACGGCUGGGCAAGGUUUUGCGGCCGCACCAAGUAGAAGGCGUCAAGUUCCUUUACCGGUGUACCACUGGCCUGAUAUCGGAGAAUGCACACGGGUGCAUUAUGGCGGACGAAAUGGGUCUCGGCAAAACACUGCAGUGCAUCGCACUCAUGUGGACGCUACUGCGUCAAUCGCCGUCACCUGGCAAGAGCAUUAUUGAAAAAUGCAUCAUUGUAUGCCCCUCGAGUCUUGUGCGCAAUUGGGCGAACGAGCUGGUAAAGUGGCUGGGGACCUCGGCGCCCGGCGCACUUGCACUGGACGGCAAACUCUCACGCGAGCGAAUGUUUGAAUCUGUACAACGCUGGUCCGAGGCAAAAGGUCGUGCCGUUGUGCAUCCCGUCAUGAUUGUUUCCUACGAAACGCUGCGAAACUUGCAAGAGGUGCUGGGCAAGGCCGAAGUGGGCUUGCUCCUCUGCGACGAAGGCCACCGACUGAAGAAUGCGGAUUCCCUCACUGUACAGACGCUCGACAUGAUCAAUGUCAAGCGUCGCGUCAUUUUAUCCGGAACGCCGAUCCAAAACGAUCUUUCCGAAUACUUUUCUUUGCUCAACUUUGCCAUUCCCGAUGUGCUGGGCAACCGCAACAUGUUCCGCAAGCGCUUUGAGAUCGAUAUAUUGCGCGGCCGCGAUGCCAGUGCGACUGAUAAACAGCAGCAGGCGGGCCGUGAAAAGCUACAGGAACUAACAGGAAUUGUGAGCCAGUUUAUUAUUCGCCGCACCAACGAUAUUCUCUCGAAAUACUUGCCGGUCAAGUACGAGCACGUUGUUUUUUGCAAUCUGUCUCCGUUCCAAUUGGCGCUCUACGACUUGUUUGUCAAGUCGCCGUCGAUCAAGCGGCUGCUUCGCGGCGUCGGAUCCCAGCCGCUCAAGGCCAUUGGCAUUUUAAAAAAGCUGUGCAAUCACCCCGACUUGCUCAACUUGCCCGACGACUUGGACGGCAGCGAACAACUUUUUCCCGAAGGGUACAAGCCAGGCGAUCGUCGCAGUGUUACCGUGGAACUUUCGGGCAAGUUGGCCGUCCUCGCACGUUUCCUGCACACCAUCCGUACGACGACCGACGACAAGAUCGUGCUUAUUAGCAACUAUACACAAACACUCGACUUAUUUGAGCGUCUCUGCCGCACGCGCCGCUGGGGAUUUUUCCGCUUGGACGGCACGAUGAAUAUCGGCAAGCGCCAACGCCUCGUGGACCGAUUUAAUGAUCCCCAAGCACCCGAGUUUAUCUUUUUGCUUUCCUCCAAAGCCGGCGGUUGCGGCCUGAACUUGAUCGGUGCCAACCGGCUAGUGCUAUUUGACCCCGACUGGAACCCUGCUUCGGAUCAGCAAGCGCUUGCGCGUGUAUGGCGCGAUGGCCAGAAAAAAUCGUGUUUUGUCUACCGCUUUAUCGCCACGGGGUCCAUUGAGGAAAAGAUUCUCCAGCGGCAGUCACACAAGCAGGCGCUUUCGUCGUGUGUUGUUGAUGAGGCACUGGAUGCCGAGCGACACUUUUCUGGAGAGGACUUGCGUGCUCUUUUCCAAUUCAAGGCUGCAACUUUGUGCGACACACACGAUACCUACAAAUGCAAGCGGUGCCAGCACGGAAAACAAGUCGCCAACGCGCCUGCCAUGCUUUACGGAGAUACGAGCACGUACGUACUUUACUUACUUACACACAGCUGGAACCAUUUUCACAGAGACGACUUGGGCGCGCUCCACGACGAUCUCUUGCGCGCCGAAGUCGUGCACGACGACAUUUCCUACGUAUUCCAGUACUGUAGCCAUUAA